CGGCUGCAUUCCGCCCGGGCGCCGGGGUCCCGGCGCCCCCGCUCUGUUCAACACGGCGGGGGAACCGAGCCGCAGGGAGCAGGGGCCCCCGCGGGCGGCCGCUGCCCCGCGCCGCCCCUGCCCCGCGCUACGGCGCCCGGAGCUUCCUGGCUUCCGCACCGCCCGCCGCGCGCGCCCCCCGGGCAGCGGCUCCCGAGGCGGCGGCGGUCCUGGCGCUGUCCCUCCGGCCCCAGCCAUGUGGGACCCGCGGGCAGCUAGGAUGGACCCAGCAGCUUAUGCUGAGCUAUUGAAAGAAUCUGGCAACCAGGUUCUUAAGAAUGGGAACUUCUCUUUGGCCAUCAGAAAGUACGAUGAAGCCAUCCAGAUUCUCCUGCAGUUAUACCAAUGGGGGGUCCCCCCCAGGGACUUGGCUGUGCUGCUGUGCAACAAGUCCAAUGCAUUUUACAGUCUUGGGAAAUGGAAUGAGGCUUUUCUUGCUGCCAAGGAGUGUCUUCAGUGGGAUCCAACCUAUGUGAAGGGGUACUACCGAGCUGGUUAUUCCUUGCUGCGAUUGCUCCAGCCUUAUGAAGCAGCCCGCAUGUUUUUCGAGGGUCUUCGACUUCUGCAAAGUGGCCAAGAUCAAGCACAGAUUGCUGAUUUCCUUGUUGGUGUCUUCACCACCAUGAGCAGUGACUCCAUUGUUUUGCAGAGCUUUUUGCCCUGCUUUGAUCAUAUUUUCACUACUGGAUUUUCAACAGAAGUGUGGCAAUCUGUAAUAGAAAAGUUGGCAAAGAAAGGAUUAUGGCAUUCAUUUCUUCUGUUGUCAGCAAAAAAAGACCGACUACCAGAAAAUAUUCAUGUCCCUGAGUUGUCACUGAAAAGUCUCUUUGAGAAAUAUGUCUUCAUUGGACUUUAUGAGAAAAUGGAACAGGUGCCCAAGUUAGUCCAGUGGCUCAUCUCCAUUGGUGCAAGUAUUGAGACGAUAGGACCAUAUCCUCUUCAUGCGCUCAUGCGACUCUGUAUCCAAGCAAGGGAAAACCAGCUUUUCAGGUGGUUAAUGGACCAUAAGCCUGAAUGGAAAGGCCGCAUUAACCAGAAGGAUGAGGAUGGCUGCACUGUCCUGCACGUUGUCGCUGCCCACUCCCCAGGAUACCUCAUAAAGCGACAAACAGAGGAUGUGCAGAUGCUCCUGCGCUUUGGGGCAGACCCCACUCUGCUGGAUCGACAAUCUCGGUCUGCUGUCGAUGUCCUGAAGAGGAAUAAGAACUUCAAAGCCAUUGAGAAAAUCAACAGUCACUUGGAAAAGCUGGCUACAUGUUCUAAGGACCUAUCAGGACUCAGCAAUGGUGAUGGACCCACUAGUGACAGCGACAUUUUCCGGAAGACCUCUGAGCAACUGGUGCAGUACAUGAAUUCAGGAAACCGGUUAUUGCAUAAAAACUUUCUGAAGCAGGAAGUAGUUCAGAGGUUUUUGCGCCUCCUUUCUUCUUUGCAAGAAAUUCCUCCUGACCUGAUCUGUGACAUUAACCGAGACUGCGCCAACACCUUCAUCAAGUUCUUACUGGAAAAACAAAAAUGGUCCGAAGUGCUUCUGCUGUUAACACGCAAAGUAAGUGGGGAGCCACCACCCGGAGAUUGCCUCAUCAAGGACUGCAACCUCUCAGACCUGGACAUCUGUACCAUCAUCCCCCACCUCAGUGCCUGGGACCAACGGAAGACACAGCUCCUGGGCCGCCUGAUAGACAGUGGAGCCUUGCCCGAUGGUCUGCAGCAGAGCCAGGAAAGGCCACUUCUCAUGUGCCUGAAACAUGAGGACUUUGAGUUGGCUUUUCUUCUCUUGACCAAGGGUGCAGACCCCCGCAGUAUUUCUCUCACUGAAGGGGAUACUCCUUUGCAUGCAGCACUCCACAUCUUUUUAGAUAUCAGUGCUGACACUGGCUUUAACUUCCUCAGCCAUCUCUUGGAUUUAUUCUGGUCCAACCCCACUGAAUAUUACUACCUCAAUCCUAACAUCCAGGACAGCAAUGGGAAUACCCUCAUGCACCUCCUCUUUCAGAAGGGCAUGCUGAAGCGCAUGAAGAAGCUAAUAGACCUAUUGGUGAAGUUUGACAUCAACUUCAACCUGAAGAACAAAGAAGGCAAAGACGUACGGCACCGGAUUAAGAAGAAUGAUGCUCUGCUUUUGGCCUGGAACAAAGCUCUGACAGAGAACAGGCGGAGGAGCAGGCAAGACUCUGCUGCCCACCUGGGGAAGCUCUCAAGGUCUUCCACUGCUGGUCAUACAUCUCAGCUCAAGUCCCAGGGUUCCUUCAAGUCACUGCCAUAUGGCACCACUGCCAGAACCCCCUCUGAAGGAGCCACAGUUCCCGAUAGCUGGGAGACUCUCCCUGGUGCUCAGGUGACCAGGCAGGAGUCUGAAGCUAUCAGGCCACGGUCCUUGAGAGAUCGCCUUGUACAGGACAUCACAAUUUUGAUUCAGCAGGUUGAAUUGGAUACAGCUCUUCCAGAGGACUGUCCUCAGUGCCCUGAGCCUCUGGAGGUAGGAGGUGUCAUGGAAGUAAAGAAAGAUAAACUCCAGCGAACCCUGAGUGUGGGGAGCUCUGACAGUAGUGGGAACAAUUCUGCUGUCCCUGAGGCAGGGGAAGGACAUGCUCAGGCAGGUCCUGGGGCCUCACAGCUUGUUCCUGCUGGCAACAGAGGAAGGGAGGGCAGUGAUGAUCAGGACAAUUGGAGCAUGCAGGAAAUCGAAGCAUGCCUCCAGGAUUUUGAUAACAUGACCUGGGAGAUCGAGUGUACUUCAGAAAUGCUGAAGAAGCUGUCUAGUAAGGUUAUGACCAAGGUCAUAAAGAAGAAAAUUAUCCUUGCUAUUCAGCAGCUGGGGAAUGGUGAGUGGACCCAGGGCCUGCAGAAGCGCCUAAAGCACCUGAAAGGAAAUAUCCGGCUCUUUGAAGCUAAGCUGGACAAAGGAGCUAGGAUGUUGUGGGAGCUCGCCAUCGACUUCUCCCCUCGAUGCAGUGAGAACCCAGAGAAAAUUAUCGCUACAGAAAGAAACACGUCCUCCAUGGAGAAAUCAGGGCGAGUCUACACGGAAAUCAUCCGGAUCUGGGACAUUGUCUUAGAUCACUGCAAACUGUCAGAUUCCAUUAUGGCCAUCUGCAGUGCCUACAACCGGGGAUUGUCCUGUGUCCUACGUAAGAAGCUGAAGGGUAUCAACAAAGGCCUAGUUUCAGCUAACAUGAAAAUCCAAAAGCGAAUACCCCGCUGCUAUGUGGAGGACACAGAGGCAGAGAAGAGCAGGGAACAAGUGGAUCCGGAGUACUUUCCCCCGGCCAGUGCAGUGGAGACGGAGUAUAACAUCAUGAAGUUCCACAGCUUUAGCACCAACAUGGCCUUCAACAUCCUCAAUGACAUGACAGCAACAGUGGAGUACCCUUUCCGAGUGGGUGAGCUUGAGUAUGCUGUGAUCGACCUCAACCCAAGGCCAUUGGAGCCCAUCAUCCUCAUUGGUCGGAGUGGCACUGGGAAGACAACCUGCUGCUUAUACAGGCUAUGGAAGAAGUUCCACAUUUACUGGGAAAAAGCUGAGCAGGCAGGAAGCCCGCUGCUGGCCAAACAGAUGUGGCCAAAGAGAAAGUUGGAAGCAGAACCCAGAAAAGAGGGUCCAGAUAGGGAGCAAAAAGAGGAAGAAGAAGAGGAUGAGGAAGAGGAGGGUUCCUCUGAGGUGGAAACACUAGACAGUGUAGAGGAGGAGCAGGAGAGUGAAGCCUGUGCAGGGGGAGCUGGGGUAGAGGCAGUGGGGGAUGGCCAUGGGGUGGAAGGGUAUCCAUCAGAGCAUCCCCACCAGCUGGAGCAUUUGCAUCAGAUCUUCGUGACCAAGAACCAUGUCCUGUGCCAGGAGGUACAAAGGAACUUUAUUGAGCUUUCCAAGUCUACCAAAGCCACCAGUCACUAUAAACCACUGGAACCCAAUGUUCACAAACUCCAGGACCUGAAAGAUGAGAACUUUCCUCUGUUUGUCACUUCCAAACAGCUGCUCCUCCUGCUUGAUGCUUCUUUGCCCAAACCAUUUUUUCUGAGAAAUGAAGAUGGAAGCUUGAAAAGAACCAUCAUAGGAUGGUCCACUCAGGAAGAGUUGACCAUCCCUAAUUGGCAAGAAGAUGAUGAGGAGGCUGAGGUGGAUGGGGACUAUAGCGAGGAGGAUAAAGCUGCAGAAAUGCGUACAGGUGACAGUGACCCCCGUGUAUAUGUGACGUUUGAGGUGUUCACCAAUGAGAUAUGGCCCAAAAUGACGAAAGGGAAAACCUCCUACAACCCUGCACUGAUUUGGAAAGAAAUAAAGUCUUUUCUGAAGGGUUCUUUUGAAGCCCUCAGUUGUCCCUAUGGGAGACUAACUGAAGAAGCAUAUAAGAAAUUAGGGAGAAAACGGUCCCCCAAUUUUAAGGAAGACCGGAGUGAGAUAUAUAGCCUCUUCUGUCUAUAUCAGCAGAUCAGGUCCCAGAAAGGUUAUUUUGAUGAGGAGGAUGUUCUGUACAACCUGUCCCGAAGGCUGUCGAAGCUCAGGGUACUCCCCUGGUCUAUCCAUGAGCUCUAUGGCGAUGAGAUUCAGGACUUCACCCAAGCUGAGCUGGCACUGCUAAUGAAAUGUAUCAAUGACCCCAAUGCCAUGUUCCUCACCGGAGAUACAGCCCAGAGCAUCAUGAAGGGUGUGGCCUUCCGCUUCAGUGAUCUGCGCUCUCUGUUCCACUAUGCCAGCAGAAACACUGUGGAUAAGCAGUGUGCUGUCCGCAAGCCCAAGAAGAUCCACCACCUGUACCAAAAUUACAGGUCCCACUCUGGGAUCCUCAAUCUGGCAUCAGGAGUAGUGGAUUUACUUCAGUUCUACUUUCCAGAAUCUUUUGAUCGCCUUCCUAGAGAUUCUGGCCUCUUUGAUGGUCCCAAACCAACUGUUCUAGAGUCUUGUAGUGUAAGCGACUUGGCAAUUUUGCUAAGAGGGAACAAAAGGAAAACCCAACCCAUUGAAUUUGGUGCCCACCAGGUAAUUCUUGUUGCCAAUGAAAUGGCAAAGGAGAAAAUUCCAGAAGAGCUGGGGUUAGCACUUGUGCUAACAGUUUAUGAAGCAAAAGGCUUAGAAUUUGAUGAUGUUCUCCUUUACAACUUUUUUACUGAUUCUGAGGCUUACAAGGAAUGGAAGAUCAUUUCCUCAUUUACACCUCCAUCAUCUGACUCCAGAGAGGAAAACUGGCCAUUGGUUGAGGUACCCCUGGAGAAACCAAGCUCUUCUCAGACUCGGCCCCUCAUGGUAAAUCCAGAAAUGUACAAGCUCCUUAAUGGUGAGCUUAAGCAGCUGUAUACUGCCAUCACACGGGCUCGGGUCAACCUCUGGAUCUUUGAUGAAAACCUAGAGAAACGGGCUCCUGCUUUCAAAUAUUUCAUUAGAAGAGAUUUUGUACAAGUUGUGAAGACAGAUGAAAAUAAAGACUUUGAUGAUAGCAUGUUCGUUAAGACCUCAACUCCCGAGGAGUGGAUUGCCCAAGGAGAGUAUUAUGCCAAGCAUCAGUGCUGGAAGGUUGCAGCCAAGUGUUACCAAAAAGGAGGUGCUUUUGAGAAGGAGAAGUUGGCUCUGGCCCAUAACACUGCCCUGAAUAUGAAAUCCAAGAAAGUUAGCCCCAAGGAAAAGCAGUUGGAGUAUUUGGAACUGGCUAAGACCUAUUUGGAGUGCAAUGAACCAAAGCUGUCCCUUAAGUGUCUGAGUUAUGCCAAGGAGUUCCAGCUCUCUGCCCAGUUGUGUGAGAGGCUGGGAAAGAUAAGAGAUGCUGCUUAUUUCUAUAAGCGAAGUCAGUGCUACAAAGAUGCUUUCAGAUGCUUUGAGCAGAUUCAGGAGUUUGAUCUAGCACUCAAAAUGUACUGCCAAGAGGAGCUUUUUGAGGAAGCUGCUAUUGCAGUGGAAAAGUAUGAAGAAAUGCUAAAGACCAAGACCUUUCCUAUUUCCAAGCUCUCAUAUUCUGCCAGUCAAUUUUAUUUGGAAGCUGCAGCGAAGUACCUGAGUGCAAAUAAGACCAAGGAAAUGAUGGCUGUCCUCUCAAAGCUAGACAUAGAAGACCAGCUGGUAUUCCUUAAGUCUCGAAAACGCCUAGCAGAAGCUGCAGACCUGCUGAACAGGGAAGGUCGGAGAGAAGAGGCUGCACUGUUGAUGAAACAACAUGGCUGCCUCCUGGAGGCUGCCAGACUCACGGCUGACAAGGACUUCCAGGCCUCCUGUCUGCUGGGGGUUGCCCGCCUCAAUGUGGCCAGAGAUUCUGACAUAGAGCAUACCAAGGCCAUCCUAAGAGAAGCGCUUGAUCUCUGCUAUCAAACCAGCCAAUUGUCUGGCAUUGCAGAGGCCCAAUUUCUGCAGGGGGUAAUUCUGAGAGACUUUCAGAAGCUCAAAGAUGCCAUCCUAAAGUUUGACACACUCAACCAUUCAGCUGGAGUGGUGGAAGCACUCUACGAAGCAGCCAGUCAGUGUGAGGCUGAGCCUGAGAAGGUUCUGGCCCUGGCUCCAGGGGGCUUGGAAGUUCUUCUCAACCUGGUCAGGGCCCUUAAGAGAGUAACUAACAAUGCUGAGAAGGAAAUGGUCAAAUCUUGCUUUGAAUUUUUUGGAAUUUCCCAGGUGGAUGCCAAGUAUUGCCAGAUAGCUCAGAACGACCCUGGACCCAUAUUAAGAAUAAUUUUUGACCUGGAUUUGAACUUGAAAGAGAAGAAAACGAAAGAUCAUUUCUUGAUAAUGACUGACCAAGUGAAAUUAGCCCUCAACAAACACCUUUUGAGCAGGCUGUGUAAGAUCACACAGAGCCUGCUUGGGAAGACCUACCCAGGGAUCUGUGCGAGGUUUAUUGUAGGUUUAAAAUGUAAGGAUGAAAACUGUGAAGAUUUUCACAGGCCUUUGCGUCGUUGUGAGGCCAAGUGUUUGGUUCAGUCGAAAAUGCACCUGGUGGCAAUCAAUGGAUUGCUUUUAGAAGCCAAAAAAGUAUUUCCUAAAAUCUUAGCUGAAGAGCUUGAAGAAAUAGAUUAUAUUUUGUCUACUGAUACAUAUGGCCUUUGCAAAUCCUUUCUAAAUGUCCUCUUCCCUAGGCAUUUCCAUCAGAGAGUGCUGUCAGAAAACCCCAUGGCAUGCAAAGAAAUCCUCAAACCAAAUUACAAAUCAUUCCGAUCCUACAGGUUUGCCUUGAAAGAGUACAUCCACUCUCUAUUUCAAAAUGAAAGGGCACGCAGCCGUCGGGAGUCCACAGACCUGUGGCUGAGCGCCAUGCAGGCUUUCCUUCUCUCCUCCAGCUACCCAGAGGAGUUUGGAAAGCUGCUCCACCAGGAGGAGGACAACUACAACAGGGAACUGAAAGCUCUGGAGUCUGAGAAAGAAGAGAGGGGCAGGGGGAGAAGCAGCAGGAUGAAAGGAAUAGAAGGAAAAUUUGGCAUGCUGGUACCCAACAAGGAUGACGAAAGUGCAGAGAAGACCCAUCUUUGCUUCAUCCGGCUGCUGGAGAAUUGCAUCGACCAGUUAUAUGUGUACAGGAACCCAGAAGACUACAAGAGGCUCUUUUUCCGUUUCAUGAACGUCCUCAUCAAGAGGUGCAAAGAACCACUUAUCCCCAGCAUUGGAAACACAGUGGCCCUGUUGGAGUUCCAGUUCAUCCACUGUGGGGUGGUGCUGGCCCGCCUCUGGAAGAACGCCAUCCUGUGCCUCCCCAAGAGCUACAUUGCACUCCUGCACUACUGGGAGUUCCUUUUCAGCAAGAAGGACAAAGAGCUUGGGGACGUGUUCUCCAUCAUUCAGGAUUACAAACCGAAGGAUGUGACAAGAGCCAUUCAGGACUUCCGAUUUCACCUAUCCUACCUCGUCAAGGUGCUAUGUGGCUAUGAGAAUGCAAACUUCAAUGUCCUGCUUGAUGCCUUCAGUGAAAUAGACUAUGUGGUCUCAGGUGAGGCGGAGCGGACACUGGUGCUGUGCUUGGUGAUGCUCGUGAAUGCUGAGGAGGUUCUGCAGCCAUUCUGUAAGCCUCUUCUGUACCGCCACUUCCAGGAGAUUGAGACGAGGCUGCAGCUAAUGAGCAUGGACUGUCCAGAUCAGGUCCCUGAGAGGCUUCGGAAGGUGGUGAGGCGAGUGUUAAUGGCUGUUAAUGUGAAGUCUGUGGCCGAGGCACUCCAGGAUCUGCUUUUUGAGCGAGACGAAGAGUACCUGAUGGACUGUCACUGGCGGUGGGACAGUGUGCACACCAAAGGGUCUGUGGUUCGUGGCCUCUGUCAUGAGGAGGUCAAACUAAAUCGCUUACUCUGUGUGGGCCCAGUGGACUACUUUGCUGAACCCGAGUGUGAGUUUGGUCAGGAUGAGACAGAUGAGCUGGCACUGGAAGACCGAGACCACCUCCUGGCUGCCAUCCUUUCGCAGAAGCAGCGGAAGGCCUCCAUCCAGCGCAAGUUGAGAAGAGCUUGCCUGGUGGUGUCUGUCUGCAUCAGUUGGAGGAGACGAGUUCAGACCGAACGUGUCAGGGAGGAAGCUAGAGAGCCUGGGGUUGGGAACUUCAAAAGGGCUGAUGUAGACAGGACCCAGUGUGAUCUGUGUGGGGUGAAGUUCACCCGGAGCCCUGAGAACUACUUCAGCUCCAGCAAAGCAUUUGAAGGAGCGGCUUCAGAGGCUGUGGUCCUUUCCAGGGCUGAGCUGGAAGGAAAGGAGUGUCGGGAGAGGACCAGCGAGUCUUAUGAGCAGCACAUCCGCCUAGAAGCCCACCAGAGGCAGCAGGUGGCUUACCAGAAAUACUCAGAAUUUUUCCAUGCGAAGGUAGACCCAGCCAUUGAUGAAGGCAAACUGGUAGUACAGGACAUUGAGCAGAGUGUGUGGAUCCGUAGUCACCUGGGCUCUAAAGAGCAAAGCCACAUGCUGCAGAGGAAGGUCCAGGAGCACAUCAAGAGGGUUUCAGAUUUGGUGGAGGACCUCUACAGGCGAAAGGCCUGGGCUGGAGCGGAGGAGGCAAUGACUCAUCUGGUCAAAAUUCUGGUCCUGUCAGUCAAGGAUGCACAGGAGUGGUUGACAAAAACAGAACUCCGCUUAAGGGAUGAAGGUAUUGUUCAGGAAGAUGAUUAUGAAAAUGAAGUUGAAGACUUUGGUGAACUCCGUCCUAGAAGACGUUCACGAAAAUGUGGAAAGCAGAGAAAAUACUAACAUCUAAACACAGCUGCUGCCUCCUAAACUUUCAGAACAUUCCAUCCUGUCUUAGAAUUCUGAAUGCUGGAGGGCAGAAGAGAAUAAGACUGUAAAUUAGCAUUAAAAAAAAUAGAGUAUGGGGGGUGUCUAACACCACCUUUGCUUGUUGUUAUUUCUCUUUCAGUGGUGGCUUAGGGUCUGAUUGCUCCCUCACCUGCAGGUACCUUGUGUUUUCCAAGUUAAGGUCUAACAGUAUUACUCCCGCUAGACAUGUUCAGGUUAGAGGAGUCCUGUUGAAGGGAACAUUGGGACUCCUUGCCCCAAAGCUCCCAGGCUCUCUGGUUCAAGCCCUUCAUGACAAGAGUCAGUAGAAGGGGGUUAGUCAUUUAAGAUGGACACCCCUCAUCUCAGAGUUGCCACUGCUUGGGGCCAGGAAAUCCCUCUGUGCAUCUCCUGCCAUACUGCUGCAGCAGUGAGUAGUAUAAGAGCUGUAUGUGCCCAGGGUCCAUGUGGGCCCUACUGCCAGCCACCCCGAGCCUAGGUUACAUCCUCGUUAUCUCUGAGCCCACUUGUAGCGUAGUUCCUUCCGUUAUAUAUGUUAGUCUUUUAUCUAUAUGGCAACUUUUCUGCCCUCCCUCCUUCCAUCUUUUGUGACCAUUCUCAGCUACCUGUGCAAGUCACGAUUAGACUACCUCAGAAUGUAGUCAAGAACUCACCCAGCAUCCUUGGGACGCCCUUUCCCUCUAGGGGAAUGUUGCCUGGCGUUCCUGGCCUGCCUCUCCAAGGUGGUCCUAAUUCCACUUUGGCUAUGGUGCAGACAUUACAAAAAGUAUUUUGUAUGUAGCACUAGAUGUCCAGAUUUCUUGGUUUCUCCCUGGCAUGUUUGCCUCCCAAGCUUAGGUUGACAUAUCGAUGUGUUUCUACCCACUGAGCUCAUGACUAUGGGAUAGUGACCUGCAGAACUGCAGGUUAGAAACAAGUGGGCAGAGGAGGAGCCAGCUCUACAGUGCCAAUUCUUCAAGAUUUGGCUGUGCAUCACUGCCAUGUGGCUGAGAGGCCCUGUAAGAGGGGCUUGCAUGUGGGCUGUUUGCAGGAGGCCAAUGUCCCCCUACACCCACUGAGCCAGCACCAUCGAUCUGGUCCUUGGGAAGCCUUCAUGCCUCUCUGAUGGUUACUGCCCAUCCUUAGCCCACUCAGCCUAGCCUGGUAUGAAAGGUCAGGUUCAUGUUGGUCUUUGAUUGUUCUGUCCUCAUAACCGAACCAACUUCCCCCAUGUAGCUGCUGCUUUAGCUGCUCAAUGUUGUCCCUUCCUUGUCUUUCUAUGUCUUUCAGUGACUUGUUUCCUUGAAAUGUUUGUUUCUAAUUUUAUUAGGUUAUGUUUCUAAUUUUUAUUCCAGGUGUUUUUAUAAACUUUACUUGCCAGAAAAAGAAAAGGAAAGAAAUCAAAUAUUGCUGUAUUAUCACAUUUUUAUAAAGUUAAAUCAUUUCUCUUAC